CAGCACCACCAGUUGAGGACCGUCCUGAGCCAUCUCUCUCUCUUCCACAAUCCAUGACCCCUUUGGUGCAGCACCUGCCUGUGGAAAGGCCCUCAGUUGGAAGCGGGGCGCUAGUGUCGGACACUAGUUUGGCCACUAUUCCAGAGUCAAGUAAUUGUCCAGAUUUUGUACAUUCAGUUGGAAGCAGCACGCAUGUAUCAGUUACUGGGGGUAUUGGGAUAGUUCCAGAAUCCAGCAACCGUCCACUACAACCAACUACUCUUCCAACCCAGAUGUGUCAGCCAUGGUCCAAUGACCCACUUCAACAUGAAAUGGAAAGAUUACAGAAAGAAAAGGAGCAGACCAUCAAAUUGCAUGGAGAACUGAAAUUGCGGCUUGAAGCUGAACGUGACAAGGAGAUAGAACAGAUACGUAGGAAGUAUGCUGCUUUGCUCCAGGAGGCUGAGGCUGUACUGGUGCAUAAGAGAAAGGCACUGGAUGCAAACUGCAACAAAGUUUUUAUGAAUAAGCUGUUGGCCGAUGCAUUCAGAUCCAAAUUCAGUGAGCCAAGGGCAACUGGGAUGCUGGGACAGCGGCAAGGGAUGCCUACUAGUUUCAUGCAGCAGUUAUUUCAGCUGUCUUUGCCGCAACAUGCUCAGAGGCCUGCCCCUGUGUCUGGUCCACCAGUGGCUCCCCCAUUGCAGGUGGUCCACCAAUCCUCUGCACUUUUCUCAAGUAAUCCGGUCAGACAAUCCAUCAGCCCUAUUGUUCCUCCGGCAGGGAACCUUCAAGUUGCUGGUGAACUACGGGCCCCAGCCCCUCACCUUCAGCCCUUCAGACAUUCCACAUCCAUGCCGGCACCCAAUAUCCAGCCUGUUCCUCACACCAUUCCCAGUCAGCAGGCACUCGGAAAUGCUGCUUCCACUUCUUCCAUGAUUCCUCAGCUUGCAUCUCGGGCACCUACCCUUUCAUCUGGGCCUUUUAGCAGGAGCCAGCAACAAGAAAGUGCAGUAGGGUUGGCGGGUUUCAGUAAUUCUUCUUUGUCUGCUCUGGAGCUGUUACAACCUCUCCCAGAUUUGGGUCUGACCGUGGGUGCAUUGGACCCAUCUGAACUCACCACGCAUUGUAGUUCACGAGGCACUGCAGCCCGAACUGAUCCAACAGCAGAUGUCGUUUGCAUUUCGGACGAUGAGUAAUCAAAGUGUGAUAAAAUUCUUUACG